AUGUCUUCUACAUCUGCCCUCAGUAAUGUCGAUGCGGAGAUUUGUACGGCACCGUCGAUUAAGCUGGAUACCGGGUUCAUGGACUCUGACCUGUCAUUCGGUAUGAACGCUCCUCCUCAAAACAGAGUUAAGUAUCGCAAAGUUACCGAUUGUGCCCCCAUUGAGGCAGGUCAAUUUUCGGCCGUCAAACAAGAAAGCUCUCAGGGCGCUAAUUAUAGGGUGAAGAGUGCUUUACCUGAGUUCCAGUACGUGGAGCUGUAUUAUGACGAGGCCGAGCAUGGCUUUGCAGACAUGUUUGACUACGGUCUCUUGUGA